CAGUGUCGAUGGUGGAGCUGAGGAAGUUCCGUACUAUAAAUUCUUUCCUUAAGUACUACAUCGGUAUAUACGCCGAGAAAUCUUUGGACAACGUUCUGAAAAAGUACGCGCUCCUGAUUGCGAGAAGAAUUGUCAACGAUAUUGGCAUGAUCGACGAGAAUAUCCACUUGCUCGGUAACAUCUAUGAGAAUCAGACGAUUCAUAUUAAAUAUCUCUUCGAUCUCGUGCUAUCUGACGAUCUAAUGGAGAAAGACAUCAUCGAGGCUAAGAAAUACCUAGUGAUAAAAUUAAACAAAUUUAACGUGGUGAAAAAGUAUCUCAAAGUGCAGAAGUAUCAGCAGGUCACUCCCGCUCAGCUGAUGAUGGAAAUCACCGGACAGCUAAUAGACAUCGGCUUUGCCAAAAAUAUCGCGAUAUCUCUGCGGAUGUACGCGAAAUUCUGGUAAAAUGAUAAACUCUAAUCAAAGAAUCCAUCAUAAACUUUCUGGAGAUGAGCGACGAAUGCAUGGACACUCUGAUGUCGGAUUCAAGAUGCUCAAUAGAGAUCCCGUUUAUAAUAUAAUAUCAAAUACACGUUUUAACACAACAUUACUAACAGACAAAACUACGAUUCAAUACAGUCCAGCCUAUCAUAAAACGACUACAGUGCCUGUUGAAUCUAUCACUACUACAAAGACUUCAAAAAGGUCCAAGGAUGAAUCUUCGAAAAUUUCGAUUACGCCGAUGACAACUGUGAUGACGACUACGAACCCAUGGCGCCAACUAUGGCUAUAACUAUGACAGCUGCGACAACUACAUCAUUACCUACAACAAUUAUGUUACCCACGAUUUUCCUUGUUACAGAAUUAUUUACGGCUACAUUGCCAACAACAACUACAACAUUGCCUAUGACUACCAUAACAUUGCCUACGACUACCAUAACAUUGCCUACGACUACUAGAACAUUACCUAUGAUUACCACAGCAGAGUCUACGACUACCUCAGCAGAGUCUACGAUUACCAUAGCAGAGCCUACGAUUACCACAACGUUGCCCACAACGAUCAAUACAACAUUGCCUACAACUCCCACAACGACGACCAUGACAACCAUGAUAUCACCUACAAUGGAGGUACCGAUCGUGAAUACCAACGUGGUAAUAGAACUGAAUCGUUCGAAGAUCGUAACAAAUGUUUUCACACCAUACGUUGACUUCAGAAUUUCGGAGAUAAUAUCAAAUGCAACAUCUGUCCCCGCCUGCGAGUCGGCUGAAUGCAUUACUGAACAAAAUAUAACUAGUAAAUAUGUCGAAACGACGCCUACUCUAUUCUUGACGACGCAAUCUUCAACGACGACGCCGACGAUACAGACUUCCAUUCUUGAAACUACUGAGCCACCGCAUUAUCAAGACUUAAUCACGGACUCUACAAUUUCAACAACGGAAUUGAUUGAAACGCCGACGACGAAAGGCUGCGUGCAGGUCUGCUUGGAAGAAUACGAAUUCAACGCCGAAACAAUGGAUAGGUCCUGUGAAACAAACUGCGACUCCACACAAGCUGUGACGGAAGAUUGCAACGAGAAUAAUCCUCCGGGGACGAGCUCUCAGGAAUGUGACAAAAAGUAUUGCGAUACCAAAGAGAAGAGCGGCGAGUGCAUGACCUUGUGUCCUCCGAAGAGCUCACUCUGCGAGAAUGGCGACUGCGUAACAACGGGAAUGCCACCGUUGAUUAUAAGUUUUGCGAAGUUUUGAAGGUUCGCGAGUACGCG